AUGGGCAAUCACAUUUCUUGCACCAUGUUAGGGCCGAUCCGCGGGCGAGGUAGAUGCGCCACGGUGAUUCUCCCGACGGGCGAGACUCGACACUUUUACGAAGCGGUCAACGCAGCAGAGAUGAUGCUGAACCACUGCCCCAACCAUUUUCUCGUAAACACCAAGUCCCUGCACGUGGGGCAGAGGUUUUCCGCGCUGGGGGCGGACGAGGAACUCGAGAUGGGCAACGUGUACGCCGCGUUCGCGAUGAAACGGGUCGGUUCCUCGGUGACCGCGGCCGAUAUGGGCGCGCUGUUUCUGGCGGCUACGGCUAAAAAUAAAAGGGCGGGCAGGGCGAGCGCCAAGGUUUUGCCGGCUGAUUGCGCGGAUGAGGGUUUAGUGGGGAGCUUGCCGAAGUUGGAAUUGGAUGACAUUGAGGAUUUCUCGGCCCCGGAUUUCAAGCGCAGGCUUUCAAUGUGCAGAUCGAAGAAGCCUUUGUUGGAGACUAUUGCUGAAUGA